AUGGAUUCGUUGGAAGGAGUAGAAUUUGGACGGAUCAAGCCCAUCUAUCUAGAAGAACACUGUCUUGAGGUUCAGAGGAUGAUUAGGUUAAGUGAUCAAUUUUGGUCUGCCAUUCUUUCCACUAAUAUUGUGGUAGAGUCGUCAAGUUACAAGCAAGCUUCAAACAUUCCAGAGUGGCAACAAGCAAUGAAAGAUGAACUUCAUGCUCUUGAAAUAUUUCAACUAAAAGACCUUGGUCCUUUAAGAUUCUUCUUGGGCCUAGAGAUUGGUCGUUCUAAUAGUGGAAUCUCUAUGUCUCAACGUCCUUUUACCUUACAAUUUUUGAGUGAUACAAGUUACUUGGGUGCAAAAGCCUCCUCCACUCCAAUGGAGCCUAAUACUAAACUUAGCCAAGAUGAAGUGGAACUCUUACCUGAAUCGACUAUGUAUAGGAGUUUAAUUGGUAAAUUGAUCUACUUAACAAUUACUCAUCCUGACAUUUCUUAUGUUGUCAAUAAGCUAUGUCAAUACUUAGCUACUCCUCGAAUUCCUCAUCUUCAUGUUAUGCACCAUUUAUCUCUUAAAUUUGUUUCAGAUGUAGAUUGGACUUCUUGUAAUGAUACCAGAAGGUCGGUUUCUGGUUUUUGUGUCUUCAUUGGGCAAUCUCUCAUAUCUUGGAAGUCUAAGAAGCAAACAACUGUCUCUCGUUCUUUAGUUGAAGCAGAAUACCGAGCUAUGGUCAAUGUUGCAUGUGAGAUUACUUGGCUGCUUUCUUUGCUAAAAGAUAUCGGCAUUCAGCACACUAAACCAACCAUACUUUAUUGUGACAACACGACUGCCAUUCACAUCUCGAAAAAUCCAGUCUUCCAUGAAAGAACAAAGCACAUUGAGAAUAAUUGUCACAUUUUUCGUGAAAGAAUACAAGUUGGUUCACUCAAAUUCAUUCAUGUUCCUUCAAAAAACAACAUCGUUGAUGUCCUUACAAAGCCCUUGUUCCCAGCUCAGUUCAAAGAGUUAGUGUCUAAGAUGAAUGUAAAAAAUAUGUACGUUUCAUCUUGA